GCUAGCUCUCGAUGCUACACGCGGGAAACAGGCGAAGCUGCGCCGAACGUCCACAAAUAUCAGUCAUCGCCUGGAGCUGAGAUGGGAGACACGCUGGAGUUCAGUGACAUUUACCAGGAGUUCAAAGGCUCCUGGAACGACGGGCGGCUGCGCAUCAGUAAGCAAAAUGUGGUUUAUAAGAGCACCAAGACGGGGAAGGUGGACAGCAUCUCGGCCGGUGACCUCAACCUGGCUCAGUGGAGACGAGUGUGUUUAGGUCACGGCAUCAAACUGGGCACCACAUCAGGGCAGAUCUACAAAUACGAUGGCUUCAGAGACACGGACUUUGAAAAGAUCUCAGAAUUCUUCAAGGCGAACUACAAGGUGGAGCUGACAGAGAAAGACUUGUGUGUGAAGGGCUGGAACUGGGGAACAGCCAAGUUCUCAGGACCACAGUUAUCAUUUGAAGUAAACGACAACUCAGCAUUUGAGAUCCCACUGUCCAACGUCUCCCAGUGUGCCACAGGGAAGAAUGAAGUCACUCUGGAGUUUCACCAGAAUGACGACACAGAGGUGUCGCUCAUGGAAGUCCGGUUCUACGUCCCGCCCAGCCAGGCUGAUGAGCGACAAGACCCGGUUGAAGCAUUUGCCCAAAAUGUGUUGUGUAAGGCCGACGUGAUCCAGGCCACAGGAGACGCUGUGUGUAUCUUCAAAGAACUGCAGUGUCUUACUCCCAGAGGAAGAUAUGACAUUCGUAUCUACCCCUCCUUCCUUCACCUCCAUGGUAAGACCUUCGACUACAAGAUUCCCUACACUACGGUCCUCCGUUUAUUCCUGCUGCCACACAAGGACCAAAGGCAGAUGUUCUUUGUGAUCAGUCUGGAUCCUCCCAUCAAGCAGGGACAGACGCGUUAUCAUUUUCUGAUUCUGCUCUUCUCCAAGGAAGAGGAACUCAGCCUCACUCUCAACAUGAGCGAAGAAGAUGUGGAGCGUCGCUUUGAGGGCAAACUCAGUAAAAACAUGUCGGGGUCACUGUACGAAAUGGUCAGCAGGGUGAUGAAGUCGCUGGUCAACCGCAAGAUCACCGUGCCUGGAAACUUCCAAGGUCACUCUGGGGCUCAGUGCAUCACCUGCUCCUACAAGGCAUCCUCGGGCCUCCUCUACCCGCUGGAGAGAGGCUUCAUCUACGUCCACAAGCCGCCCGUGCACCUGCGUUUCGAGGAAAUCUCCUGUGUAAACUUCGCCAGAGGAACCACCACGACACGAUCCUUCGACUUUGAGAUAGAGACCAAGCAGGGAAGCCAGUACACCUUCAGCAGCAUUGAGAGAGAAGAAUACGGCAAACUGUUUGACUUUGUCAACGCCAAGAAGCUCAACAUCAAGAACAGAGGGUUCAAAGAGGGCAUGAAAGGUAACAAGGACGAGUACAGCGACUCCGACGACGACCAGCACGAUGCUUAUCUGGAGAGGAUGAAGGCUGAAGGCAAGAUCAGAGAGGAGGGCAAUGACAGCGAAGAGUCAGAUGGUGAAAGCGAUGAGUCGUUUAACCCGGGAGAAGAAGACGACGACAUUGCAGAAGAGUACGAUAGCAAUGCCUCAGCAAGCGACAGCAGCGAAGACGGCGAUGGCGACGGUGACGACGAUGAGGGUGGGAAAAAGAAGAAGGUCAAGAAAGAAAAAGUAGUGAAGGAGAAAAAAGAAAGGAAACCACGCAGAGAGAAAAAGCAGAAGGACCCCGGCGCACCCAAGAGGCCGAUGAGUGCCUACAUGAUUUGGCUGAACGCCAGUCGUGAACGAAUCAAGUCAGAGAAUCCAGGAAUCUCCAUCACUGAGAUUUCAAAGAAGGCCGGAGAGAUGUGGAGACAACUGGAAAAAGAAGAUAAAGAGGAGUGGGAAACAAAAGCAGGAGAAGCUAAGAAGCAGUAUGAGAUCGCAAAGAAUGAGUACAAAGAAAGUGGUGGUGGCGUCGGCGUUGGCGUCUCACCUUCAAGUUCCAAGAAGGAGAGUAAAAAAUCAGUAGGUAAAAAGGACGAGAAGAAGAGGAAGUCUACUGGUGGAGAGAAGGAAAAGGAGCGAGGAGGCGGCGGCGGCAACGACAGCUUCAAGAGCCGCGAGUUUAUCGAGACCAGUGAAGACUCAUCAGACUCUGACCACAAGAGCAAGUCCAAGUCCAAGAGGAAGAAGAAGAAGAAGGAAUCGGAAGAAGAGGAGGAAGAGGCGGCUUCCACACCUGCAAGCUCAGAGGAGGAGUCUGACUAAACACACACUCUUACCCCAUCGUACACACAAUGGACCAAUCAUUUAUACUUUUCAUGUUGAUAUCACACAAACAGACGGACAGACAAUUCAGGAGACUCGAGUUGUGUUUUCUUUCUUCUACACAUUUUGCUUCGAGGGUACAACUCGUCUUGUGACAGGCUCGGAAAGCUCAUGGGAUACUCCAGCAGGGUUCAGUCAUAAGGUGGUAUACUGGUGUACCAUUUUACCCCCCCCCCCCCCAAAAUUACUGAAGUUUUUUGUUUUUUUUCAUCUCAGCCAUUAAGAUAGUUGUUGUAGAUUUAUAGCACUGGACAGUGUAGGACUCAUUAGUUGAUUCAUGACGUGAAACUAUGUUCUUUUUUAGAGAAUCUAAAAAACUGUUUUCCCAUGUCAUGUUUUCAGGUUGAAAUAAAUAAAUGAAAAUUUUUUAAGAAAUA